GAGACGACUGCUUAAAGACACUGUCAAAGCUAAAAUAUACGAAGCAGAGAUCCAGAAGCUUAUAGAUGGUGGGUGUGUCACAAAGCUCCAGGAGGCAGAGGGAAACCGCUCCACUUCUCCCAGGUCCAACCCUCGGCCCAUCUCUCAUCGGGCUCCUCCUGCGGUUCCGCCAGCACACUGUCGCCAUCAGUGGAGAUAUCCGAGCCAUGUUCCACCAAGUUCGGCUUCUGCCGGAGGACCAGCCGUUGCUGAGGUUUGUUUGGAGAAACCUGCAAAGGGAGAAACAGCCCGACGUAUACCAAUGGCAGGUGUUGCCAUUUGGUACCACGAGCAGCCCGUGUUGUGCAACAUUUGCUCUGCAAAAACAUGUCAAAAAAUGUGCUGCAGGAAAUGAAGACGUCCUGCAGUUCAUCGAACAGUCUUUCUACGUGGACAACUGUCUGCAGAGCCUGUCAACGACUGAGUCAGCCAAGGACAAGAUGCGACAAUGUCUGGCCUCAGGAGGAUUUGAGAUUCGACAGUGGGCAAGUAACUUCUCAUGUGUUGUCUCCCACUUGCCUUCCAGUGCCCGAUCUGAAAGUACAGAGCUGUGGCUGCCCGAGAAGAGCAACGAUCCACAGGAGCCGGCCCUUGGUCUGCGGUGGUAUUGUCCAUCUGAUCGGCUCGGUUUCAAGCCAAAGCCUCCAGAGAGUGAGACCCCUACUAUGCGGUACAUCUAUAAGGUACUCGCCCGCCAGUAUGAUCCGAUCGGGAUCAUUAUCCCGUACACUACACGGGCCAAGAUUCUUGUCCAGAAACUGUGGGCAAAGAAGAGGAGCUGGGACGACCCGAAUCUCCCUCCUGACAUCCUCCAAGCCUGGUCCAGCUGGGAGAGAGAACUCCCCGAGCUGGCCAACAUCUCCAUCCCUCGAACUUAUGCACCAUUGGAGCUUGCUACUGACACCACAGAGUACACUCUCCACGUCUUCUGUGACUCCUCUGAGCAAGCCUACGGGUCAGUGGCAUAUCUCACCACAAGAACUAAUGACACUGUCUAUGUCUCAUUUGUGAUGGCAAGGUCUAGAGUGGCCCCAAAACGCCAGCAGUCAAUGCCACGGUUGGAGCUCUGUGCCGCGCUGACAGGAGCCCAGCUGUCCUCCCUCCUUCACAAAGAGCUCACCUUGUGUAUUGCCCAGACCUUCUUAUGGACUGACUCCACAACAGUUCUCACCUGGCUGACAUCCAGUGUUGGGUUAGUUACUGAAAACCAGUAACUAGUUACAGUUACUAGUUACUUUAUUUCAAAAGUAACUCAGUUACUAACUCAGUUACUUACACCAAAAAGUAAUGUGUUACUGUGAAAAGUAACUAUUUAGUUACUUCUUCUACUUUUUGUUUUUAAAGCUCCCAUUAAUGCCCUUUUAGCCUUCAUUUCAGUACUGUUAUUGCACUGGAGAAUAAUACAAUCUGUUGAUCAACUUGACAUGCAUUUGCAUCACUGAACUCUGCUAAGCAAUGUGCUCUACAUACAACACACAAAGACAAAGAUAUGUUUCAAAGGGCCAAUUUAUUUCAGGCCAGAACAAAUUGACAAAACUAUUUUAAAUAGCUGCAACAUAACAUACAUAAGUAACAAACAGCAUAAUAACACUAACACUAACACUAACCACGUUAAACCCAGAUUCCAAACUAACAAAGGUCUUAACUCAUUCUCUUUCUAUGCCACUUCAAUAUGGAAUCCACUCCCAACAGGUGUAAAAUAAAGGGCAUCUCUAUCCUCCUUCAAAACCGCAGUAAAAGAACAUCUCCAGGCAACUUCAACCCUAAACUAACACCCUCCCUUCCACAUAAUACCUCUUCGGAUUGUAAAUAAUCAAAUGUAGACAUUUUUUCUUAUACUUUCUGAUCUCUCUCUCUGUGUCCACUACUUGCUAUACAUAUCCUACCAAGUCAGUCCUACACUGUUUCAAUGUCCAUUUCUCUGAUGAUGCAAUUGUUGAUGCUGAUUGUUGAUGACAGAAGUGUUGAUACCAACCAAACCAAACCCACCCCCCACCCCCCCAUCCUCCAUAUCCCACACCCCGGAUUGUAAAUAAUUCAAUGUAUAUAUCCUGAUGAUUAUCUUGUGUGAUGACUGUAUUAUGAUGUUAGUAUAUAUCUGAUAGCAUAUAUCUGUAUCAUGAAUCAGUGGACCCCGACUUAAGCAAGUUGAAAAACUUAUUGGGGUGUUACCAUUUAGUGGUUAAUUGUACGGAAUAUGUACUGUACUGUGCAACCUACUAAUAAAAGUUUCAAUCAAUCAAUCAAUCAACAACAUAGCUGUAAACCUGGCUUCACCUAAGGAAGGCACACGUGACAUACACAGAGCCUAACCAGGCAGAUUUGAAUUGUUGUUUUGGGCAGUAGACGGGAUCUUUGAUCCAAGACACAACUUACAUUUAAAUAAAAUGUUAUUUUCUUUGUGCUCGACAAAAGAAAAGAAGUGAGAAUAUCUCAUACUUGCCAACCCUUCCGAAUUUCAGUGCCUCUCCCCGGGACAACCAUUCUC